CUGCUAAAGAAGCUCAUGAUACUUUCGGGCAUUUGGCGCCUACCUUUAAAGACCAAAUCACUUCAGUCGUUUUACGACAAGUACUCCAUACUUUUCCAGUUAUACUUCUACGCUUUCGUACUGAGCAUGGCUAUAGCUGUUGGGGUGGUGUGGAAGUACUCCAUAGACACGGUGGUGGAGUGCCUCAGCAUCUCCAUCCUGUGCAGCAUCGUGUCUAUGAAAACCGUCGUAUGCCAGACUGAGAGCAUCAAACGACUACUGAGGUACAUAUUGGCGAAAGAGGAUGAACUGAAGAGGUCCACCGACGAAGAGUCGAAGCGGAUUUGCAUCGAGCACCAGAAUGUGGCCUACUUUAUGACUAAACUCAUCACUAGCUCCACCGCAACAGUUGGUACAUUUCUACUUAUGACGAAAUUCCUCCUGUAUUGGAACAUGGAGAGGCACCAAACGUAUCCCAACGUUACAAUGUACAGGAAGAAGCCUUUGCCCUACAUAACUUGGUUACCGUUCAACAGUGAUGACCAUUACAUUUCUGCUUUCAGCCUGCAUUCAAUUGCAGCUUUUAUAGGCACCGUUUUUAAUUCCGUUACUGCCAUCUUUUACUUAACAUGCAUGAUUUUUAUAUGCUGUAGGCUGAGGAUAUUGCAGCACAGGAUUAAAACCAUGGGCACAUCAAUGCAUCAACCUGAACUUGUUAUUAAGACUGUGCUAAACUCCUUAAUCGUUGAUCACCAGACCAUCAUUGAAUAUACUGAACAGUUUAACAACGACAUUAAUUUAAUUUUACUGGUGGACUUCACUUUAAACUCAGUACAGGUGGCAUCAAUAUUUUUUCAGCUAGUUACGUUGAAGCUAAGCUUGUUGAAUUUGGUUUUCCUAACAACUUAUUUUGGAUUGACGUCUUUGCAAAUUUUUUCCUCUGCUUGGUUCGCCAACGAAAUUAAAGAACAAAGUCUAGGCGUUGCAGAUGCGAUUUGUGAACACAAUUGGCAUGAACAAUCACUUUCCAUCCAGAAAACUCUUAUGCUGAUGAUGACGAGGGCACAGAAACCUCUAACGUUAACUGUUGGUCCUUUUUCUACUAUGUCCAACAAUACUCCCAUAACGAUAAUGAAAGCAUCAUAUUCAUAUGUAACUUUGAUGACCAGCAAGAGAGAGUGAAAUGAUAUUUUUCAUAUUGGUUAUUAUCAGUUCAUUAUUAUUGUAACACUGUUGUUAAAUAGGGACAUCACAAAAUUCACUGUUCUUGUUAUAUUAGUGAAUUAUAGUUUCUGUUAACUUGAAUAAAUAUUAUA